CUCUGUUUUUACAUGUCAGUUGUGCAGUGUGUGGCAAGUAAUUAUUGUUGAAGUGUGUUGUUUUUUUAUUCAUUCUCGUUUGUAUAGGGACAGAGAGAAGACUAUACUUUGAUUGUAAAGUGUGUAGUACUCCUGAUUUGAAAAACAAAAUGAGUUUCGGUUUGCCAUCAAUUGUCCCUCAGGCUACUCUGCCUGAUCAAUUUGAAAUUAAAGGAGAAAGUAGUUAUGGUGUAGCCAAUCCUAUGAUAUCGGGCUUAUCAGCAACUAGACAGAGUGUUGGUUAUGCACAUCCUUUGGAAGCUUCGGAAAGAAGUUAUCAAAAAAAUCAAGAUCGCAUGAACAUGAUAUUGCUUAGAAAUACACAAGGAUUACAUGCACCUUUGCGUUUGGCAAUGGAAUUGAAAGCCACUGAAAAGAUUGGCAGACUUCCAUUCUUACAAUCGUCUAAUCUUAUGCGAAAUGUUUUGCUUGGACGUGAUCAAGACAUAGGAUUCGAAGAUAUAUUUAACACUCCAGAAUUUAGGGAACAAAUGGGACAGCCACAUGCCGUUGUGGAAAAAAAUCUUGGAAUAUUAUGAACAAUAUAUCUUGUAUAUUAUUCAAUAUAAAAUCACUAAUAACGAUUUGUUGAUAUACACAAUAUAUAAUUAUUAUGAGUUAAAUGUGUGUUUUUUAGACGUUUCAAUAAAGAUAAUUUAAAUAUU